ACCCUCGGAUGGGUUUAUUUUAUUUUAAUACAGUGUAGUGUGAUGUUAAGAGUCCUGGGUUCUAAGAUUAGAUCUGGGCUAUAGUCCUGGCUCCACCGGUUAUUUUUUGUGCGUCAUUGCGGAAGCGAUUUACUCUCUCUGAUCGUCAAUUUGCUCGUCUCAAAAACGUGAGUACUCAUAGGACGACAAUGUGUGGAUUAAAUGAGAGGACACAGCAGGAGAGCAGUGGGAUACAUACCUCAAAUUCUCCUAAAAAGACCAGACUUAAUGGUCUGACUGAGACUAGAAGGACCCCAGAGGUCAUGGUCCCCAGACAUGAACCAUUCCCAAAGCCAACUCUUCAGACAGGGAUUGGACUGGACCGAAAGAUAGGAAAUGAUAUUGGUGAGGAGCGGACUUCUUGGCUCAAGUAGACACAUGACACUAUGUGGGCAGCUCCUGUCUGGUGGGGAGAUGAGAAGGCAGAGGGGGACAGAAGCUGGCUGAAUGGACACAGGGAAUACAGGAUGGAGAGAAGGAGUGUGCUGUCUCAUUAGGGGGAGAGCAACUAGGAGUAUAUAGCAAGGUGUAUAUUUGAGAGACUGAGUUGAUUUGUAAACUUUCACUUAAAACACAAAAAAAAUAAAAAAUAAGAGAAUACAUACAAAGUAUAGUGCAGGCGCAUAGUAAACAACAAGCCUGUGUUAGCUAUAAUUGUAACGGUACUCUGCAAACACUUCUAUUGUAACAUGGUAUUGUUAUUGCAGCAUUUCUUUACUAUGACUGAGUAGCUCUAGGAUAAAGACCUAUUUUUUAUCCUUUAGCAUAUUACCUGCCCCAUGCUAUUUCUGUCAGCAUUCCUUAGAGUGAAUAAAUGAAUGUAAGAAUGAAUACAGGAACCAUACUUAACAACGUGAAAAAGUAAAUGAAGAAGGGCGGACUAUAGUAUUGUCAUUUGGAGGGAAAACACCUGCCUGUACCUGUGUGUGUAUGUGUGUAGAGCUGCUGUUGCAAACUGCAUUCAUGAGCAACGUGGAUAUGGGGCUUGAGCAGAAUCUCCAGGGAUAAAAUUUGGGAGCAGUACAGCUGGACUUGAAACACAGGUCCAGGGGACCAAUUUGGCAUAGAAGGUUUAAGGGAACGACUCAGUUUUUUGUUAGAUUAAGAACUGAAAGGAAGAGCUCUUUUUUUUCUCUCUCUCUGCCUAUAGAAAAGUAUUUUUUCUCACUAGAACUCAUGAAAGCCAACAGAGAAAUGAAGCGCCUUUAUGUGGGUGGCCUUAGCCAGGCCAUUUCCCAGGCUGACCUGCAAAAUCAGUUCAGUAGAUUUGGAGAAGUUUCUGAUGUGGAGAUCAUCACACGAAAAGAUGAGCAAGGAAACCCACAGAAAAUCUUUGCGUACAUCAACAUCAGGGUGGCAGAAGCAGACCUGAAAAAAUGUAUGUCUGUUUUAAAUAAAACAAAAUGGAAAGGUGGAACACUGCAAAUUGAGCAAGCAAAAGAAAGCUUUUUGCACAGAUUGGCCCAAGAGAGAGAAGAAGCAAAAGUAAAAAAAGAAAAUUCAAGACCAGGCAACACUGACUUGUUAAAAAAGAUGAGAGCGGUUGAUUUGCAUGUGAAAGCUGUGCCAGGAACAGAAGUACCAGGGCAUAAAAAUUGGGUUGUGAGUAAAUUUGGAAGAGUUUUACCUGUCCUUCACCUUAAGAAUCAACAUAAACGUAAAUGGGGUAACAUCAUAAAAUAUGAUCCCUCAAAAUACUGCCACAACCUGAAGAAGAUAGGGGAGGAUUCCAUAAAUGCCAUCCCAGUAACCAGCCUCACUUGGAAAUUGGAAGGAGGGAAUGAUCCUAUGAGUAAGAAACGACGAGGAGAGUUUUCUGACUUUCACAGCCCUCCCAAGAAGAAAAUAAAAGUGCAGUGUGGUGAGGGUGCUGCUGGGCCUCUGGCUGUGCGCCCAAGACACAGUUCGGUGGUGGACAGUCCACUCUUAAUACAGCAACAGGCUGCACAAAACACACCUCGUGAUUCCAUCAGUCUUUGUAAAUCACCCUGUGUACCUAAUUCUUAUCAUCAGAAACCUAAAAAUGUACCUUUUCAGACUUGUGGCUUGGAAACUGCCCGAAACAAAAAUAGCAUGUCUGAUGAUGAUAUCGAUUCUGAAGAGGAGUUAAGAGCAGUGAUUGCAAGAGAGGAAAGCUUACAGAGAGCUACACAGUCCUCAGUAAAAGAACCUGAAAACGAUCCCUUUGUAGUUGUCAGGGAUGAUUUCAAAUCAGAUGUUCACAAACUUUACCUUUUACCAAGUUUAGGUAUCAAAAAUAAGGUCUCUUGCCAGGUGAAUAAUGAUAAUGUUAUAGGAAAUGAUUGUGCCUAUGAUUCAGAAGAUACAGAUGAAAUCAUUGCGAUGAAAAAAAACGUUGGUAAGGUACAAAGCAGCACAGAAUUUUUGAAUAGAGAAAAAUCUGUAUGCGAGAAAGCUUCUUUGAAAGACAGAAAAGGCUGUGAGUUUUCUGAGGAUUCUGUUAAAAUACAAAAGAGAAAAAAAAAAGCAGAGUUAGCAGUCAGUAGUGGGGUUAGGUUUCUUAAUUGUAAAUCUCCAUCUGGCUCCAGUGACAGUGAAGAUGCUGCUUCUGUGUCAGAAUCAGCUGAGUCCGAAGGAGACGAGGAGUAUAACGCCUUGAUGAAAAACUGUCUCCGUGUCGACCUCACUUUAGCUGAUUUGCAACAGUUGGGUUGUAGCGAUGCAGAGGCUCCAAGAGAAAGUACUGCAAGUGAUAGCCAGGAAACCACCACCAGCUGCCAGUUUGUCAGGGCCUCCAAGGGCCGCAAGGGUCCUGACAAUCCCCGUAGAGGCAAACGGUGCAUUCACCCUGAAGACAUUGUGGCCUCUCUUUUAGAAGGAGAAAAGAACACCUGUAGUAAACAGAAACCAAAGGAAAACAAAUUCCAGGCUUUCAAGGGCAUAGGCUCUCUCUAUGGAAAGGAAUCUAGGAAAAACUCACUGAAAGAGGGUGUUGCCUCUAACAAUAUUAAUAAGGAUCAGGAUUCUUUGAAACUUGAGGAUCCCAGUAGCAUUUCCAUGGAAAAGAGGCCCUCGUAUGCUGAUGGCUCAUCAAGAGAACUGACUCCAUGCCAACACACAAAGAAGGCAAAUAGCCCAAACCAUACUGAGCCUCAAAACAGACAGACCACUUUUGAGAGCCAGGAUCCCAAGGUGGUAUCUGCAAGCAAUUCAGAAAAGGAAAGUAGAAGUACUACCUCUAGUCUGUUGCCAUUAACAGGUAAGAAAUCCUUAAGUCUUGGUGCAAAGAUUCACAAGAUAGACUUUGACAAAGAUGGUCGCCAUAGUAACCCAAAGAUAGAAGAUGGUUCAGAGGAGGAGAGGGCUGAUUCAUGCAGCCUUACAUCUGAGAAGCCACCAAAGGUCUCUUCCGGGAAAGACAGGCCCAGCUCUGUGUUCAGUAAAAAGGCUCAGGACAGCAGAAGUGAUUUCCCACACCCUGUCAGUAAUCCAUCUGAGGAUAGGCAUGCCCAGGAUAACCAGAAGCGUUUGGCAGCCUUAGACGCAAGGCAGAAAGCAAAAGAAAUACAAAAGAAGCUGGUUCAUAAUGCUCUGGCAAAUUUGGAUGAUCAUUCAGAGAUCAGGCCAACACACAUCGUCUUUGGUUCUGACAAUGAAAGUGAAACAAAAGAGACAGAUGUUCAGGAGCAAAGCAAUCCCAGACAGGAGCUUGGGAAGGAGUCCAUUUAUAAAGCAUCUGGGAAGCUAUUUGAUAGCAGCAACGAAGAGGAAUCUGAUUCCGAAGAUGACAGUAACAGGUUUAAAAUCAAACCUCAGUUUGAAGGCAGAGCUGGACAGAAGCUCAUGGAUUUGCAAUCUCGCUUUGGCACUGAUGACAGAUUUCGCAUGGACUCUCGAUUUCUAGAAAGCGACAGUGAAGAGGAACAGGAAGAGGUAAAUGAAGAGAAAACUGCUGAAGAAGAAGUGCUUGCUGCAGAAAAAAAGAAAGCACUGGAUGUUGUGCAAAGUGUUUUGCACAUCAACUUGAACAAUUCUACAAGCAAAGGAUCAGUAACUGUUAAGAAAUUUAAGGACAUCAUACAUUAUGAUCCAACAAGGCAUGACCAUGCCACUUUUGAAAGAAAAAGAGAUGAUGAACCAAAAGAAAGUAAAUCAAAGCGAAAGAAGAAAAGGGCAGAAUGUGAGAAGCUUCCUGAGGUGUCAAAAGAAAUGUAUUAUAACAUUGCUGCCGAUUUGAAAGAAAGACUCCAGACGACAAAAGAUAGCAGUGAAAAGAAAGAAAACAUACCCUGGAAUGCAGACUGUGAUGGAGACAAAACAGAAAUACAUGACCCUACACCUCUAAAGAAUGGGAUCGAGGAGCCAGCUGGGUUUACAUUUUCCUUUUUUGAUUCAGAUGCUAAAGAUGUAAAGGAAGAGACCUAUAGAGUUGGAACAGUGAAACCUGGAAAGAUUGCCUGGCAGGAAAACCCUCGUUCUCAAGAUACCAGCUCAGAAGAGGAAGAUACGACUGAAGUAGUAGAUCACAGAAAGCCCAGUCCUGGAGAAGUAUCAUUACCUGAGAAAGAGAACAAUAGAUUUUUCUUUUUCUGUAAGGAUGAUGAAAGACUUCAUGGUUCUGGCUUGUUCUGGAAAGGAGCAGGAAGUGAUACGAGCAGGAAUUGUUGGGAGGCCCGAACAAAUAACCUGCGUAUGGACUGUCGGAAGAAACAUAAAGAUGCAAAAAGAAAAGUGAAACCAAAAUAAUAAAUAUUACCAUCAGUUAUGACAUUAGUUAUGAUAUUGAAUGUGAACAGACUCAACUAAGGAAAUUGACCCAGAAAAUAAUUUUAGAUGGGAAAGAAGAAAUUUUAGAAUGAAGAACAUCCAAAUUCUGGUUAAUGGAAUAUCAUCCUGGUUGCCAUCUUUUUUCUGUGGAACUCCACUGUACUUCUUUCUAAGUAAUUACUUUAAAAAAAUUAAACUGAACUUUUUUUAUUGAAGCCUAAGAUAGAUCCCCAGAAUACCUUUCAACUUUUUGUAUGGAAUCUCUUUGCCUUCCAUCCUCAAUAAUUCAUAGGUAUCUUCUGAUGUAAGCCUUACAUGAAACCUUUAUUUAAUAAGUGGGUCAAAGUACUUGUGUUUUCCAUGUUAGGCUUUAUGUGAAUUAUAGGCUGUUCGAAAUACUUAUUUCUGUUUGUACCAAAUAUACCUUAUCUCCAUUUUGUCAUUUCUUUUUAUUAAACAGUCUAGUUACAAGUCAA